GGCGAGCCGAGGGAGUGUCCAAGCCUGGGAAAGCGAGCGUGGAAGUGGAGAGGAGUCAGAAAAGGGAAAGGAGGAGGAAGAGAGAAAGACUCCGGAGCUUAGACCCAGACGCGCAGCAAAAGGCGGGAGGCAGGGAGCCAGCGCGGGUGGAGUAGGAACCGCGCUUGCUAGUGAAAGAAAACCAAGGCACACUCUGGACGCAUGCGCACGGCCAACGGAGGCCAGAGGGCCAGCGCUUCCCCUCCGGCUAGUCCAGUGGACCCUAGCCUGAUUUAACUGAGACCCUGCUGUGCAGACUUCCUGCAGGGAAAUGCUAUGGUACAGCAAAGCAAAAGUAACACAAGUGCUAUAAAUGUCGGUGGUUUGGAGCUCCCUGGGACUUGCCUCUUGUAUUCUGGCCUAAAUCUGGAGCUACAAACAUCCCUUGGAGAUUUCUUUUUAACAACAAAUACAAGAGAAUUCCAAGAGAUGGUUGAUUCUUCAACAUGCUAAGGAUUUAACUGCUCCUGUACCAGCUCUUCUAAAGUUUGCAAUUUCUCUGUCAUUAAUGGCCAUUGCUCAACCUAUACAGGUUUGUCUGCCAACCAUUUUAAAGCCUGUGGGACCCGAAAGGACUGAGAUGCGGGUGCAGCAGAUGUGCAGCGGAAGUGAGACCCAGGGCUCCACCCCAAGCCAGCAGGACACGGGUAGUCGUGGUUCCAAUGCCUGCUGCUUUUGCUGGUGCUGCUGCUGCAGCUGUUCUUGUCUCACGGUCAGAAACCAGGAAGACCAGAGACCCAGGAAAGCCUCCCAUGAGCUCAGAACAGACAUCCCAGCGUGUGAAGAAAGCCCCACCCCCACUCUGGAAGAAGUCUGCGCGUGGGCCCAGUCAUUUGACAACCUAAUGGUCACUCCAGCUGGAAGAAAUGCAUUCCGGGAAUUCCUUCGGACAGAGUUCAGUGAAGAAAACAUGCUUUUCUGGCUGGCCUGUGAAGAACUGAAAAGGGAAGCUAAUAAAAACACUAUUGAGGAGAAAGCCAAGAUAAUAUACGAAGACUACAUUUCUAUUCUCUCUCCUAAAGAGGUCAGCUUGGACUCCCGAGUACGGGAAGGCAUCAACAGAAACAUGGUGGAUCCAUCCCAGCACAUAUUCGAUGAUGCUCAACUUCAGAUUUACACCCUAAUGCACAGAGACUCCUAUCCCCGCUUCAUGAACUCCACAGUCUACAAGGACUUGCUGAAGUCCUUAACUGAGAAAGCAGUUGAAGCAUAGGUGGCUUCAAAUAUAUUUAUUACUAAAUCAAGAAAAUAACUCAUGGACUACAUCCAGCACAGGAAAUCUAGAGGUAGGAUGUUCUCUGCUAGAGUGAUUCUCAGACUAUUGUAGCAACAAAUUCUUCCUCUGCAGAGAGCUACACAGUGUAACUGCAGCCUCCUUUAGUAAUACUUGUCAGAAAAAAGGUUGUGGCAGCCUUAGAAAGGGAGUGCACUCACACUCAGUAACAGUAGUGCGUUCUCAGGGCAGGGCAUGCACUAGCCUUUGUUCUGCCUGCAGCUCAGACACACAAAGAAAAUGGGGAUACUUUUGUUUUGCAUGAGUUAAUACGCUGUUACCCUUCUUCCCCAAAAAAGGCAUUCAAGUCUUUCUCAACUAACCCUUCCUUCAGUCUGAAUACUUCACUUAGAACCAUGCCAGGAUUGAAAGUCACAUUUCAUGAAGAUGUGACUAUUCCUUGUUAAAAACGGUAACUGAGUGCAUGCAUUGUGGUGGUGGAGCCCACGUCAGUGUCGGGUGUCUGGUAAGAAAAGCAAUGCUUAAGUGAUUCUUCAGUCAGAAGGGAUGGCCAUGUAAUCAGCAUCUACCAGCCUGAAGAAUGAAUUUUCAUGUUCAUUGCUUGUCGUGUUCACAAAGCUUCAAAUAAACAUAUUUUAAUUUUUGUAUUGAAAGACCUGGGCAUUUUCACUCUGAAAAAUAAAACAGAAAGGUUUUCUCUCUA